CCGGUUUCAAACUGGCCAAUCAGGAGGAGAGCUAACGGGCGGCGGCGGCGGCGGUGGGAUCGGUUGCAGCGCGCGUGCGUGAGGAUCGGAUCGGCGUUCGAUUUCGUUCAGUUAGAAUUUGAAAAGGGAGUUGGCGGAGAAGAGGAACGGCGAGAUGACUGGCUCAAAUGAGUUCAAACUAAACCAAUGUCCAGAGGAUGGAAUAUCAGCUAUUAAGUUCAGCCCAAACACUUCACAGUUCCUCUUGGUGUCAUCCUGGGACUGCACUGUCCGUUUGUAUGAUAUCGCAUCGAAUAAUAUGCGGCUAAAAUACCAACAUUCGGGGUCUGUCCUGGACUGUGCUUUUCAUGAUCCAACUCAUGCGUGGAGUGGCGGAUUGGAUCUAACACUGAAAAUGCGUGAUUUAAACACUGACCAAGAAUCUAUUGUGGGUACCCAUGAUGCUGCAAUUCGUUGCGUUGAAUACUCUCCAGAAGUGAACGUAAUGGUCACGGGAAGUUGGGAUCAAACAGUCAAGCUGUGGGAUCCUAGAACACCUUGCAAUGCUGGGACAUUCGCACAGCCAGAAAGGGUGUACACACUUUCUGUGUCUGGCGAUCGUCUAAUUGUUGGAACAGCUAGCCGUCGUGUACUGGUGUGGGACUUGAGGAACAUGGGCUAUGUUCAGCAGAGGAGAGAAUCUAGUCUGAAGUAUCAGACCCGCUGCAUUAAAGCAUUUCCAAAUAAACAGGGCUAUGUUCUUAGUUCAAUUGAAGGAAGAGUUGCAGUGGAGUACCUUGAUCCUAACCCAGAAGUACAGAAGAAAAAAUAUGCUUUUAAAUGUCAUCGAUUGAAAGAGAACAACCUUGAACAAAUCUAUCCCGUCAAUGCCAUUUCAUUCCACAGUAUCCACAAUACAUUUGCUACAGGUGGCUCUGAUGGAUUUGUGAAUAUCUGGGAUCCUUUCAAUAAGAAAAGAUUGUGUCAGUUCCACCGUUACCCAACCAGUAUUGCAUCACUUGCCUUCAGUAACGACGGCUCUGCUAUUGCAAUAGCAUCAUCAUACAUGUAUGAAAAAGGUGAAAUAGAACACCCUGAAGACAGUAUCUAUAUUCGGCAAGUGACAGAUGCGGAAACAAAGCCCAAGUGAGUUUCUCCUCAGCUGGCUAUUAUCUUUCGACCAUUUGUUCAAACAUUUAUUAAUUUUUCUAAUUUCACGAAUGAAACUGAUGUUGAGUAGAUAACAGUUGCUAGCAGAGCUAGUAUUGAUUUUAUCUUGUUCUCCCAAGCUUUCAAUAUCCUUUGGAUGAUAGACGUCAUAUUGAUAAAAAUGUGCCCACUUGUUUUCUCAGACAGCAUGUCAAAUGUGUCUUUUUUGUGCAAUACUGCAUGAAUCAACAAACAUUUGCUCUUUUACAUUAUAUGUUACAUUUUACAGUGUAACAUUGUUCAAUUAUGGAAGAUUUCUACAUUGAGAUCUGCAACCUUUCAGCAGUGAUCAUUGUCAUAAAGAGCAAUUAAAAAUGUAUGGAAUAUUUUAACUGCUCAGAUAUGUGGAUUUUUGGUCUAGCUAAAAGUUCACCAGAAUUUCAAUCUGAAUUUUUGUGGGAAAGGGUUGAAAAGAUGACAAUCUUUUAUCUACCAUAAUCUGCAGUUUAUAACCAUUGUCUGUAAAUAAAAGUGUUUAUGUAACUGAUGUAAGUUUACAAUUCUGUUAAAGUUCACUUUUCAACUUUGUUUAAAAUUCAAUAAAGGCAUUUAUAUAAAAUAUAA